UCUGUAGAACUUGAUGUGCACAAAAAAUACAAAAAGGUCUUUGAUCAGUAGUUCAAAAUUUUCAAAGGCUUCUUAAUUUUUGUUCAAUUUGUUAGCUUUUGAAAAUGGUGAAGAUAACUAUUGGUAGCCUUGGUGAUUCUUUCAGUCAUGGAUCACUUAAGUGUUAUUUAGCUGAGUUUAUUGCCACCCUUCUUUUUGUUUUUGCUGGAGUUGGAUCAGCAAUUGCCUUCAAUAAUUUGACAGCUGAUGCAGGAUUGGAUCCUGCUGGAUUAGUAGCAAUAGCAGUGGCUCAUGCAUUUGCCUUGUUUGUUGGAGUGUCCAUAGCAGCCAACAUCUCAGGUGGCCAUUUGAAUCCAGCUGUCACUUUUGGAUUGGCUGUGGGAGGCAACAUAACUCUCAUAACUGGAUUUUUCUACUGGAUUGCACAGUUGCUUGGUGCUACUGUUGCUUCCUUUCUGCUCAUAUUUGUUACUGGUGGCAAGGCAGUUCCGACUCACGGAGUUGGUGCAGGACUAGGUGCAGCUGAAGGCGUGGUGUUUGAGAUCAUCAUCACCUUUGCUCUGGUCUACACUGUCUACGCCACUGCUGCAGACCCCAAGAAGGGCUCACUCGGAACCAUUGCACCCAUUGCAAUUGGCUUCAUUGUGGGUGCCAACAUCUUGGCCGCUGGUCCCUUCAGCGGUGGCUCCAUGAACCCCGCUCGUUCAUUCGGACCAGCUGUUGCUAGCGGAGAUUUUUCAGGUCACUGGAUCUACUGGGUCGGUCCACUCAUCGGAGGAGGCUUAGCUGGGUUCAUAUAUGGUGAUGUUUUCAUUGGAUCAUAUGCCGCGGUUCCAGCCUCUGAAGACUAUGCUUAAGAUCACCUUUUUCUCGGAACUUAGUUAUUUUGCUCUUGUUCUUCUUUCAAGUUCUGGUGAUGCUUUGAUCCGUUUGGAGAUGUAUUCUGUUGCUUUGUGAUGUAGCUUGUACCUUUCAACUUGUGAAUAAUGGAUGUUGAUAAUCGAUUUGUUUUCUUUUCA